AUGUCUAUGCUUUUUCUCAGCCCCCUGGGGCUCUGGUGCUUGUAUCGCUUGAGCAGCACACCUCGUGACGGAACUUGCAUUGCAGGAGUUCCGCGAGACGUUACGUUGCCAGUCAUGCUCUUCGUCGGCCUUCACAACGCUUAUGCUGCCAUCCGCAUAUGUUUGCCUCUUUUUUUGUGCAGCGAUGACAGACGUGUCAGAGCCCAAGCUAUCCAUUCAGCCAUUGCUGUUAUACUUUGUAUUUGUGCGACUUGUGUGACUUUCACUCUUGUGGUGGUCUUUGGUGAGUACUUUUACUACACCUACAUUCUAUGCAUCAUGUUGUCGGUUCUGAUGCUGAUGUCAGUUGCUGCCUUCAUCAUGACCUGGAAACCAGCAUACAAGGACGUCGCGCUACUGAGGAAGCAACCACUCGGUCAAACAGCAAAGCAAAAGCAGUCCUUGAGCUAUUCAGACUAUCGAUCACUAUCAGAAGCAGCCCCUUUGAUUAGCUCCGAAGCGUCGCUGAGACUAGACCAUCGGUCGGGGCCAGAUAGUCCAGGACAAAUCCCAACGGAGUUCAUGCCCGCUGGGAAACUCCCUACUUCAUCUCACUUCAGAAGAUGGCAUGCCCAACAAAGUAUCGAAUAUGGUGGUGUAACGCCAUCGGAGACAACAAGCUGGUCUUCCGCCGCUACUCCUGACAGGGGCUCGAUUGUGCCGACCAAACGUCGAGGUUCCUCACCUUGUCUAUACGACGCGGCAUAUCUGCAUCUUUCUGAUCGGUCUUGGGAUCCUGCCUUGUCGCAUCAAUCCCUGCAUCAGUCCGUGGAGUUGGCCGAGCUGCAAAACGAACGACGAAGAGUUGCACCAACCGAUAUACUCUCUGAUGAUGGCGGUAUACAUGCUCAAAUGGCGCAUGACGAUUUAUCCAACACUUGGCGGCCACCAACCCCCUUUAGUUUGGGAUCGGAGCGGAGUCUCUCUGAGGUUGACGGCAGCCACAAUGCACAUCAUGAGAAGAGGAGCCCUGAGUUCCUCGAAUUGCAGGGCUUGCCGUCUCCAGCGGCGCGUGCGGCUUUCUUAUCAGCACCCGUCAUACGUGGACGUACUUCUCUUCGUGGAACGUUGCUCUCAUCUGCUAUGUAA